AUGGUUCAGCUCAACGCAGAUCGUUCCUUCCACUACGAGCUCGCCCGUACUCUAGGCUCCGUCCGUUACGGCGCCGCAGACAUAGUCGAAGUCCUAGAAGCCGGCGACGCGAUAACUCCCGGCGACGUGGAGAGCUUCUACCGAGUCUUCAAUGACCUAGCCUCCCACAUCCACGCCCAAGCCGACACCAUCGACGCACGCAAGUUCCCCGUCUCCGCCCGCGAUGCAUACUUCCGUGCCUCCACAUACUACCGUUGUGCCGAUUUCUAUCUACACGGCAACCGCCAAGAUCCACGUAUCUGGGACCUGUGGAGCAAACAAACCGUCACCUUUGACAAGGCUAUGAUCCUUCUCCCCACGCCUGGCGAACGACUGAUCCUCCCUGCAGCCGAUGGCUCCUUUAACAUACCUGCAAUAUUUUACCGUGCACCCGGCGCUAGUGCGGCCGACCUGCGACCGACACUGCUAGUCUGCAAUGGCUUCGAUGGGUCGCAGGAGGAGAUGCUUCAUAUCUGUGGCAUUGGGGCGCUUGAGCGGGGAUACAACGUUCUUACGUUCGAGGGACCGGGCCAAUGCUCCGUCAUCCGGGAUCAGGGCGUGGGGUUUAUCUCCGAGUGGGAGAAAGUGGUAUCCCCCGUAGUCGACUACAUCCUGACCCGCCCAGAAGUGGACCCUUCGCGCGUCUUUCUGUGGGGUUAUUCCAUGUCUGGGUAUUUGGUUCUUAGGGCGGCUGCUUUUGAGCACAGGAUCGCUGCUGUUCUCUCAGUCGAUGGCGUGGCAAGUGUGUUUGAUUGCUUCUACAAAGGGAUUUCACCCGAGGCACGGGCAGCGUUUGAUGCGGGUGAUUGGAAGGAGACCGAUGCUGUCAUUCAAAGUUCGCUCCAUUCGAAGGACACGCCCACUGUCUCCCGGUGGCUUAUUGAGCAUGGCUUGUUUACUUUCAACACCAGCAGUGCUUUUGAACUCCUUACUAAAGCCAGGCAAAUGACUAUUGAAGGUAUCGCACACCAGAUUCAAUGCCCGGUUUGGAUUGGAUGGCCCGACGACGAUCUUUUCUUCUCAGGUCAGCCGGAGAGAGUUAAGGAGGCGCUAGGCAACCUUGGAACUCUCCAGCGAAUGUCGACGAAGGAUGGCGCGCACCUGCAUUGUCAUGUUGGUGCUAGUACUUUCAUGAACGCCACCGUCUUUGGCUGGCUCGAGGGCAUUUUAGCUACUUGA